AUGAGUAUGAGCAUGGACAACCAGGCGAUUGAAAGAAUUCUUAAUAUGCCGAAGAAUGCGAAGCUUGGUCAGAGGGAGCAGCUCGAAAUAGCAAGGAUGUUUGUAAACGGAAUUCCGUCGGCCAUGCCAAUGCACAAAGUUGCAGAGCUGGCAAGGCUUUUUGUUUCUGCAUGCACCAAGCGGAUGUAUUUGAACGAGAUAAGGAUGUAUCUCCAUGAAAACAACCGCGAGCUCUAUGCUGAGUAUGCAAACAUGUUCUACAACAACCCGGGCGUCUUCGAGGCAUUUGGAAUAAAAAGUGAGCAACGAGGCGUGUUUGCUACGAACGAGGUGAUCCAACCGAUGAGCUUGAAGCCACACAUUAUUCCAAAUGCAAAGAGCAGAUCAACCGCCUGCAAAAGAAAGAUGCGCAAAGAUACACGAGAUGCUGCACUUCGUAAGAUCGUUAACGAAAGGAAUGCCUCGUCCCAGUACAAAAAGAAAAUCAACAAAAUAUACAACGAAAUAAAGAAGGAAUAG